UCCGCUCCUCCCCGGAUCAGCUGACGGCGGCGGCGGUCCCGUCAUGGCCGCCCGGAGCGGCGCGGCUGAGGCGCUGGUCCUGCUUUUCCUCUGGUUCACAGCCCUGCAGGGAGCAGCGGGCUCGGAGCCGCCGCUCAAGUGCGAGGAGCUGCGGCUGGGGCAAUAUAUGUGUGAUGAGCCUAAAAUAGACAAUAGCACACAAGAACCAAUGAAUUGCACAAAUCACACAGCAUAUGUUCAAUGUCUGCCAGCACCAAAUAUUACUUGCAGAGAUCACCUUGGCAUAGAGAAAGUCUUUACGGGACACGAAGUCGGAUUUUACAAGCCCAUUGAGUGUCGCAAUGUAAAUGGAUACUCCUACAAAGUGGCAGUGGCUCUGUCCUUAUUUCUUGGAUGGUUGGGAGCAGAUAGAUUUUAUCUAGGAUAUCCUGCAUUAGGUUUGUUAAAGUUCUGCACUGUAGGGUUUUGUGGAAUUGGGAGCCUAAUUGAUUUCAUACUUAUUUCAAUGCAGAUCGUUGGCCCUUCCGACGGCUCCAGUUACAUCAUUGAUUAUUACGGGGCCAGGCUGACCCGGCUCACCAUCACCAAUGCAACCUUCAGGAAAAUGCAGACCUACCCCUGACACCCCUGACUCUGGCAGGGAGUGGCACAAAUCCAUAGGUGCAGCUUGAUUUUACAGCUGGAUCCACUGGAAUUGCUGAGGAUUUACUGAUCACCCCUGGUCAGAAUGGAAUAUGAAAUGCACGGUGAACAAAGGUGAUAAAAUGUGAAAGUUCCUCAUGUGAACAAGUUUACCUCAAAGGUGGAACUUUGGGACUGCUCUGAUUCUGGGAGCAGACAGUUUGUUGCUAAGUUACAUCAUCUGUGAAAGUGCAGACUGUUGCAAUUUGCACUGAUGUUGUGUCUGUGUCAUUUAGAGUGUUACACACAGCUGCAGAGAGAGAUGUUCAUAAUAAACAUGCUGAUAUUUAUUCCAUUGAAAUUGGUAGGAGUUUUAGCGUGGAUGGGCCAGGAUUACACAUGGGGGGUCUGUCCAUGUGACAGUUUGGAAAUUAAAUAUCCCCAACCACACAAACUGCCUUUUUUCCCCAUCCUAUUAAAAUUAAAGACCCCUAAAUCUUAGGCUGGUUCAACCUGUGAAAUUCUGUUAGUUGAAACAAUUAUUUCUGUAAAUUUUGGUUAAAUUGCAAAAUUUGGUCAAGUGCUGAUCAGCAUUAGAAAUAUGGGUGCAUAAACAAUAGAACUGUAGAUGACACAUCACAAAAAAGGAGGGUGAUGUUGGGGUGCCCUGAGGUUAGAAAAGGAAAUAAUUGUUCUGCUUGUUUUGAAUUUUUUUUUCCUCUCUUACAACCAUCCAUAGUGAAAUAAAUACCUUUUCUUUC